AUGCCCAUCGCCAAUAAAUAUAGGGACUCGGCUAUUUCUCAUUUCAGAUUAGAGUCAGCAACGCGUUCGCUAGAAGUGAGAGCGCCACACGGAAUAAACGUCGAGUCGUCAGCCGGCGAAAUCAGCGCCACCUGCCUAUCACAUAUGAAACUCACAAGCCGUGAUGGAGCAGUGACAAUUGAAUCGCGUAGAGUCUUUCUUAAAGGUCUCAGGACGGCUCUUCUCCCAGAACACGGCAGCUCGACCAAAUCAUCGGGAAAGCGCCAGGGUAAUACCAACAAGUCGGAAGGCAUUGCCGUUUAUCAGCUUUGUGCUUGUGCUAAUGGGCGACUUUUCCUUGCCCCUGCCGAGGGCAUCUGCCAGGCCGACAAAAGUCUUUGUUAA